AUGGCGGACCACGCCUUUGGGACCCAGUCCGAUGCCUUCGCCGCCGAGAACGACGUCCACCGACGCAAUCUGGGUGCUAAAGAUGUGAAGAGAGAAGGGCACUCGGAGGAUGGUGGAGUGGUCGCUGCCGACGAGCUUUUGGAAGCCAUGGGCUACAAGAGCGAACUCGUGCGCAGCAGAUCAACUUUCCAGGUCGCCUUCAUGUCCUUUGUCAUGGCCUCGGUGCCCUACGGUCUCACCACCACGCUCUACUACCCAGUCGUCAACGGAGGACCCGUCGACAUCAUUUGGGGCUGGGUCCUGGUCUCCCUCAUCAUUCUUUGCGUUGCUGCCUCUCUAGGCGAAAUCACCAGCGUCUAUCCCACCGCUGGAGGUGUCUACUACCAAUCUUUCAUGCUCUCACCACCCCAGUACAGGAAGAUUGUAUCCUGGAUCUGCGGGUGGGCCUUCGUCGUGGGUAACAUCACCAUCACCCUUGCCGUCAACUUCGGAACCGCUUCGUUCCUCGCAGCCUGUCUCAACGUAUUCGAGUCCGAGCCGGGCGUAGGCAUCUUUCCCGGAGAGCCCUACCAACUCUGGCUCAUCUUCUUCGGCAUCACAAUCCUUUGUAACCUCACCUCUGCCCUCGGCAACAAGUGGCUGCCACUGCUAGAUACAUUCGCCAUUUACUGGACAUUUGCUGGUGUGAUUGCCAUCAUUGUGUGCAUUCUGGCCAUCGCCAAAGAAGGACGUCGCAAUGCUAGCUACGUCUUUGGAGAAUUUGAUACGAGCAACAGCGGGUGGCCAUCCGGCUGGUCCUUCUUUGUUGGACUCCUCCACGCUGCCUAUGCGACAUCAUCGACGGGAAUGAUCAUAUCGAUGUGCGAAGAGGUACAAAAGCCCGCGACGCAGGUUCCCAAGGCCAUGGUUGGUACCAUUGUCUUAAACACCAUCAUGGGCAUCAUCUUCCUUGUCCCGAUUCUCUUCGUGUUCCCAGAUCAAGCCAUGCUCGCGGCGCUUGCUUCUGGCCAGCCAGUACCCACCAUCAUUAAAUCCGCCAUUGGCUCUGCGGGCGGUUCUUUCGCGCUUUUCAUUCCGCUUCUCGUACUUGGUCUCAUUUGCGGUAUCGGAUGCACAACAGCGGCUUCGCGAUGCACUUGGGCCUUUGCUCGUGAUGGUGCCAUCCCUGGAUUCCAGUGGUGGAACAAGGUCAACACGAAGCUCGACGUCCCGUUGAAUGCCAUGAUGCUCAGUAUGGCCAUCCAAGUGUUGCUGGCUUUCAUCUACUUCGGUUCGACCGCGGCUUUCAACGCUUUCUCCGGAGUCGGUGUCAUCACCUUGACUCUCAGCUACGCUGUACCAAUCAUCGCUUCCGUGAUGAACGGACGCCAGCAGGUCAAAGAAGGUAGCUUCUAUCUGGGCGCUUUGGGAACCUUUUGCAACUGGGUCUCUAUCAUCUGGUCAAUCUUCAUCAUCCCGUUGUUCUGCAUGCCCACGUUCCUUCCAGUCACCCUGGAGACCAUGAACUACGCCAGUGUUGUCUUUGUUGGCUUCGUUUUCAUCUCGACUGCGUGGUACUUCAUUUGGGGAAAGAAGAACUACCAGGGACCCCCCAUGGCAGCUGAGACUGUUUUGGAAGCUCGGAGGGCUAGCGUCGUCAGUCAUACUGACAACAAACUAUAAGUAUCCACCACAAUGGGUACUGAGAGCGCGACGUGGCAGCCGUUUGUAAGAUGAUUCUUCCGCGCGUACAUAUUGAUACCAAUCACCAACUGCUCAAUGCAUAUUAUAUUGUCCAUCGAAAGUGUCAAGCUAAAACCGCUUGCAGUUUAAGCCCCUUGUAUGAUAUAAUCACCAAUUAUACAGU